AAAUUACGUAGAAGUGGACCACCAAAAGCGUGCAACCGGGUGGAAGAGCAGGAGAAGAGAGGUGCUCAGCGCUUUUCCUGGUUUUUGGGGUCCUCUCUUGAGUAUUAUGAUCCAAUGCUCCGGCGGUGCGCAUGGAGAUAACGUACGCAUCCCCGAGCAAUUCGGAUUUCCAAGACGGAUCCUCCAUGCCGACCUCAACCCGACCCGUCAAGAUCAUACCGUUGCAGCACCCGAGUACGACGUCGUCGACUACGAGCUCCGUCGCCGGUGCUUUCUUCUCCAGGUGGAUUUCGAAGCUCCACCGCAUGACCUGGUUGGAGUGGCUCGAGCUCUUCCUUCCUUGUUUCCGUUGGGUUCGGACGUAUAAAUGGCGCGAGUAUUUCCAGGUCGAUCUCAUGGCCGGUGUCACCGUUGGUGUCAUGCUUGUUCCUCAGGCAAUGUCUUAUGCAAAAUUAGCUGGACUUGAACCAAUAUAUGGACUUUACUCUGGUUGUGUGCCUUUGUUUGUCUACGCUAUAUUUGGAUCAUCUCGUCAACUUGCUGUUGGUCCUGUAGCAUUGGUUUCUCUUCUGGUCUCUAAUGUCCUAAGCAGAAUUGUUGAUUCCUCUGAUCCAUUAUAUACAGAAAUGGCAAUCUUAUUGGCACUCAUGGUUGGGAUAUUGGAAUGCAUCAUGGGGCUCUUAAGGCUCGGAUGGCUUAUUCGUUUUAUCAGUCACUCUGUGAUUUCUGGCUUUACAUCUGCUUCAGCCAUUGUAAUUGCUUUAUCACAAGCAAAAUACUUUUUGGGAUAUAGCAUAGUACGGAGUAGCAAGAUUGUGCCAUUGGUUAAAAGCAUUAUAGCUGGAGCAGAUGGGUUUUCCUGGCCUCCUUUUGUAAUGGGAUCAGCCUUUCUUGCGAUACUCUUGAUCAUGAAACACUUGGGAAAAUCAAGGAAGCAAUUACGAUUCCUUAGAGCGGCAGGUCCCCUCACUGCAGUUGUUUUGGGCACAACUAUUGUGAAAAUAUUUCAUCCAUCUUCAAUAUCAUUGGUCGGAGACAUACCUCAGGGCUUUCCAAAAUUUUCUAUUCCUAAAGGCUUCGAAUAUUUUCGGUCUUUAAUUCCAACUGCAUUUCUCAUUACUGGUGUAGCUAUAUUGGAAUCUGUGGGUAUUGCCAAGGCUCUAGCAGCGAAGAAUGGGUAUGAGUUAGACUCAAAUCAAGAGUUGUUCGGUCUUGGUGUUGCCAAUAUUUUUGGUUCAUUUUUUUCGGCAUACCCUACAACAGGAUCCUUUUCGAGAUCUGCAGUGAAUAAUGAAAGUGGAGCAAAAACAGGCUUAUCUGGAAUUUUUACAGGAAUCAUAAUGGCUUGUGCCCUUCUAUUUUUAACUCCUCUAUUUGAAUACAUACCUCAGUGUGCUCUCGCUGCUAUUGUAAUAUCCGCUGUAAUGAGUUUGGUGGAUUAUCAGGAAGCUAUCUUUUUAUGGCAUGUAGAUAAAAAGGAUUUUCUUCUCUGGGCCAUCACCAGCACUACAACAUUGUUUCUUGGCAUUGAGAUUGGUGUCCUUGUUGGGGUUGGUGUUUCACUUGCUUUCGUGAUCCAUGAAUCAGCAAACCCUCAUAUUGCUGUCUUGGGGAGACUUCCUGGCACCACUGUAUACAGAAACAUCCAACAAUAUCCAGAAGCAUAUACAUACAAUGGAAUCGUUAUUGUUCGGAUUGAUGCACCUAUUUAUUUUGCAAACAUAAGUUACAUAAAAGAUAGAUUGCGUGAAUAUGAAGUUGAUGUUGAUAGAUCUGCUAAACGUGGACCAGAAGUUGAAAGAAUUUAUUUCGUUAUUUUGGAGAUGGCACCUGUUACAUAUAUAGACUCUAGUGCUGUUCAAGCUUUAAAAGACUUACACAUGGAAUACAAAUUGCGAGACAUUCAGAUUGCAAUUUCAAAUCCUAACCGCGAAGUCCUGCUGACCUUAUCAAGAUCAGGUGUUGUUGAGAUGAUCGGUAAGGAGUGGUACUUUGUGAGAGUGCAUGAUGCCGUUCAAGUUUGUCUUCAGCGUGUCCAGGGCAUCAAAGAUUCAUCUAGGACAGCUGAUCAUGUACAUGAGGACGAACCGAAUUUCUUACAGAGAUUAGUGAAACAAAGAGCAGAGGACUCAUCAAUUUCCCGUUUGGAGUCUGGUGACCGAACACCAUUUUCCGAUGGAGCUGAGGCACAGUUAGAGCCACUAUUGUUGCGAAAGUCAUGAAAUGCGCUUGACUUUCACAAACUGCAUUGUUGCCUGUAUUUUUGCAAGGCAGUGCUUGUACUUCAUUUAUUCUGUGAUCCCAUUCUUUACUUAUUGUGUUUAUGUAAAUUGGGCUUCUUGUUGUAAAAUGGCAUAUUAUGAAUAAAAAAGAAGUGGGCAUGUAAGUUAUAAGAGAAAUGUAACAUGAUCAACUAUAAUAUGUCUUUUGUAGUGCUAUUAUUUAUACAAUUUUUUGGAUGCCCCUUCUUCUCUUGUAUUACUACCAAAUAAAAAUGUGAGUUUAUGUUGAUCAUGGCUAACAGCAACUUGAUUUUUAUGGUAGGUGCAUUAUGGAUUGGAUGCUGAGAAUUUUCAUUGCUAAUUUCUUCUUCAAAAAAAAAAAAAAAGAAAAAGAAAAAACUAAUAAUAGCCGAAGAGUGAAAUUUAGAUAUGUUCGUGAGAGCUUUUUGUUUAUUUAUUUUGCACAGAAUAUAAUACUUUUUUAUGUUCUUGAGCUUUUAUGCAUAAGUUUUUUCCCUGUUCAUUCUACUCAUUUUAAUUAUGGAGUUAUGUCUAUAAAAAGAAAACUUGCCUAGUUACAUCAGAAGUUGUAUAUUAAUUGUUAAAUAAAUGCAAUAGAGAAUAUUUAGAUCUCAAAUUUUAGCUUUCCAAAUUUCUCAAAUGAAUUAUUGGUUGUCACACCUAAAAGCAUGAUUAAAAACUAAAAACUUAAUAUUGUAAAAGUUACAAACACUUAAUACCAUACCAUGUCCAUGUUCAUGUUAUUUGAGUAAGAAAUUUUUUUUAAACCCUUAAUAUUUUUUCAAAUAUUCAAAUAUGUGUAUUUCUUCCUAAAUUAUUUUGAUCCAAAAAAAUAAAAAAAUAAAAAAUAAAAACUCAUCACUAUGGUUUCUUCUCGACUGAAAUAAAAGGGGGGAAAAAUCAACAUCUCCUAACAAAAUAAAAAAAAAAUAAAAAAAUAAAAAUGUUAUGUAAAUAAAUUAAAAUGGUAAUUCUUCUUGGGCCUUCGAUUUUCAUUUGCAUUUUCCCUCGGGCCAUGAUAGAAUUCUCCCACAUCGAAAAGAGUUAGAAACCAUUUACAAGAAACAGCUAUAAAUAUAAGAAAGCUAACAACAGGACAACUUGCCUUAAACUAAUGAGUAAGGAAAACAAAGCGAGCGGUGGGAGCCGCUCGCCGCGCCAACAAAAAUAAGUGUGCGCACGAAUUUUUGGAGGGGUUAUAGGCUGGCCGAGCGCUGACGCUGCUUACUUUCGCAGAACUCGCUCGAGCGGGCCUC